AUAUAAUAAUUACAUUACUUAUGAAUUUUUUUCUCAAAAACAGAUUUUACUUUACACCUUAUAUUGUUCUAAGAAAUGAAAUAAUUAAUGAAAAUAAUGCCAAUGAAAUUCAAAAUCAAUUAGAAAAAAUCAUGCACAAAGUUGAUGUAUAUAUGAAAGAUUUGAAAAAAUGGAAUAGUUAUCUUAAAUUAAUAAGAACAAUUUGUAAAAUUCAAAAUUUCAAAGUUUCAUCUUAUAAUCAUUUAAUUGAUUCUAAAAUUUCGAAUCUUAUUUGUGGUACUGAAACACAUUUUGAAAUAUACAAUGCUAGUAGGAAUGACUGCAAUAAAAUUGACAUAGGAUUUUUUAAGAGCGAUUAUAUUACAGAAUAUAAUUUAGAGGAGAUAUUAAAAGAAGAACCUGAUACAAAUGAUACCCUUAAAAUUCAAACUGGUAAACCGUUCUAUAUGGUCCAUUAUUUGCCAUACAACAUGUAAAGUGAUAUUAUUAAAAUUAUUUUAAUACUAAAUAUUGUAUAAUGUCUUGCCUAUUUGCAAAAUUAAAAUUUUUUUGGUAUACAGUAUACAAAGUGAUUCUUUUCAUAUUAAUCACUCGAUUUUUUUAAAAAUAAUAAUUAUAUUACAAAAAUUAUUUUUAGUACUUUUUAAUUAUAUAUAUUUUUAAUUUAAAAUUAAUCUUAAUAUAUCUACUAUAACUUAUAUAAUUUUAACUUAAUUUUUUAAAUGGCAACAUACACACUUGGUUACAAAAUAAAAUAAAUAAUAUAAUUAAGUAAAUUCUUAAGUAAUAACAUAUUUUGACAAAUUAUUUCAGAAGUUUUAAAAUUAGAUUUAACAUUUUAAAAUAUAGUUAUUAUAAGACAUUUCUCGACCUUAUGAUUCCUCUCCCCAAGAUAAAAAAAUGUUAAUGACAUUCAAAAUACUAGCACCAUUAUUGUACCUACCAUCCGAGUAGCAAUCGAGUUCAUACCAGGUUUAUUUAAUAUAUUAACAACGGUGCUGAACCCAGUUCAAACCCCGUUCAUAGCACAGUUCAAAGUGAGAUUUGAAUAUGGAUUUUGAACAUGGGGUGAACUGAGUUCUUCGGUUCAGCUAUAAAACGCUCGAUAACAGUUCAAUAAUCGUUCAUUGGUUCAAUAAAAGCGUGUUCUACGACCGUUUACUAAGCGUUCAUUAGUUCAUUAGCAGUUACGGUAUUUAAAAUCAAAUUUAUAGGUUUUGUAAAUAUUCAAAAAUUUUAUAAUUUUAAAAUAAUUUAUUGUAUUACUAUAUACACAAUGUAU